CAAUUUUGUUUUCUGGUUGAAUCACUGGGACUGUAAAGAAGUCAUGUCGGCUCGAAAAUCUGGGACAUGGGUUCUGUUGUUUUUGCUCGUGUUAUUCUGUGUCUUUGUUGACCCAUCCAUGUCCCAACUUGAUUCACGCUGGUCAGCUAAGAAGAGGCAGAUGCGAGAGGAAGUUCGAAAAAUGUUCUACCAUGCAUAUGAAAACUACAUGACACAUGCAUUUCCGCAUGAUGAGCUCAAGCCUCUCACCAAAUCUUUCACUGACUCGCUUAGUGAGCUUGGAAAUUUGAAGCUUGAGCACUUACCACAAGACUAUAAUGGAUCAGCCCUUACAUUAAUUGAAUCAUUGUCUAGCCUUGUUAUUUUAGGCAACUACACAGAAUUUGAAAGGGCAGUUAUUUGGCUUUCUGAAAAUUUGUCAUUUAAUGUUGAUGCACGAGUAAACCUAUUUGAGUGCAAUAUAAGAGUUCUUGGGGGACUUGUUUCUGCUCAUCUUCUUGCGACUGAUUCUACUAACAAGCUGGUUCAAGGAUCUUACAGGAAUCAGCUGCUAGUUCUGGCCAAAGAUUUAGGGCAACGUUUCCUACCUGCAUUUGAUACACCUACUGGAUUGCCAUAUGCCUGGAUUAACUUAAAGUAUGGAGUCAUGGAGAAUGAGACGACUGAAACAAGCACCUCAGGAUGUGGUUCUCUGAUUCUUGAAAUGGGAGCAUUAUCACAGUUAACUGGUGACCCUAAGUAUGAGUCUGCAGCUUUGCGUGCACUUAGGAAGUUAUGGAGUAUGCGUAGUUCAUUAAACUUAUUAGGAACAACAUUGGAUGUUAUGACUGGAGAAUGGAUUGAGCAUUCAUCUGGAAUUGGAGCUGGGGUUGAUUCAUUCUACGAGUAUCUGUAUAAGGCUCACAUUCUUUUUGGAAAGGAGGAUUUCUGGAGAAUGUUUCAUUCUGCUUAUCUUGCUGCGCAGAAGUAUUUCAGACAUGGCCCAUGGUACCAUGAAGCUGAUAUGAGGAAUGGGAAGGCAACUUAUUGGCAACUGACGAGCCUUCAAGCUUUUUGGCCGGGUCUGCAGGUCCUUGUUGGGGAUAUAGCAGCUGCCAAUUCAUCACACCGUGAAUUUUUUUUCCUAUGGCAGAAGUUUGGGGUGCUACCAGAAAGGUAUUUGCUGGACCAUCAAAUAGUGCAUCCUACAGAGAGGUAUUAUCCGUUGCGUCCUGAAUUGGCAGAAUCCACAUUCUAUUUAUAUCAAGCAACUAAAGAUCCAUGGUAUAUAGAAGUGGGUGAAUUAAUUGUUAAUUCUCUUAAUUUAUACACCAAAGUUGAAGGAGGUUUUGCCAGCAUUCGAGAUGUGACAACUAUGCAAAGGGAAGACCAUCAGCAUAGUUUCUUUCUAGCUGAAACGUGCAAGUACUUAUAUCUUCUCUUUGAUGAUUCAUUUUUGACUGAUCGAAAUUAUAUAUUCACAACUGAGGGUCAUCCUCUACCAGUGCUAAGCACUUGGCAAGAGAGGCUUCCAGAGGCAUACAUCCCAACAAACUGGACUUAUGUCAAGAGUGAAAAGCAAAUAAGACAGUCAAGUGCAAUGUCUCGCCAAGUCUGUCCAGCUACAAGUUUGAGUUCGAGAAAUGGCAACCAACAAAUUGAGAGUGCUUGCCAUGUACCUGAUGCUCGCAGUGACCACAGGUGUUUCAGUGAUGAGGAAUGUGGGGUUGCAUCGGUUAGUUGUAGACGAAGAUCAUGCAGUGUGGCUGGCUAUUGUGGGCUAUGGUUGUUUGUAUGAUGCAUGUAUAAAAGAGGCAUUCUUUUGUCGACAUACAGCAAAGUUAUCUUCCAAAAAAAGGAAAGGAAAAGAAAAGGUAUUGUCAGGUAUGUAAUCUAACACUAGUUAGAUUAAAUAGAAAGGGAAGAAAAAACUACAGCUCUGAAUUUCUUCACUAUAAUGCAGUUUAAACUUAUUCUCAUAUGCAGGCCCUUGACUGAAUUUUUGUUACAUUACAAUAUUGUAUAAGUUUUUAAAACAUAGACAUCUUUUUCAUUUUCAAUCAUUUUCUAAUACUGUAAUAGCAUGUUAGACUUUGUGAACGGAUUGUCUCAUUCAUAGACAGAAAAACAUUGUGAACAA